UGAGUGCUUCCGGGUGGUGACAACCUGGAACCAACCGCGCGAGUUCAAAUCCCACUUCGUCCUCGCUGAAAUGGCAACAAAGGGAAAGUCGGCUGAACUUCGUCGAAAAUGUAAAGAUCUGACGUUUGACUCAUCUACUAUAAACUCUACCGUGGUGGAAAAAAGCCUGUUCGGCCGAGAAGAUAAGGACGAAGAGGAGGUGGACGACGACGCCCCGGUGAUUUUCUUCUGCGGGAAAUGCAAGCUGCCAGUGGGGGAUUCGAUGUCCUGGGAUGGCGUUGAACACGAACAGAACCAAAUAAGACUAAAGCGAGUCACCAACAACGUCCUGGUUGGAAAGGAAACCCGCCUCCUAGAACUGAGCAAACAAUCAGCUUGCCUGGUUGUGGAUCUCAUCUGUCGUAGCUGCCGCUUGGUGCUUGGCAUGAUCUACCAAUCUACCCCCAGGAGCCAGGACAACAAGAUGUUCACUUUCUGCUUCAAUGUAGCCAGCAUCGACAGCUACGUGCUCGGCUCUGGACGCCAGAUGCCGGCAGCAGAGGGACCCAAAGAGCAGCCGGUGACGCUGGAGUACACGCACAACGUGGAACAGCAGCUGGCACAGAUGAAGAUGCUGGUCGUGUCCAUGGCGCAGAGGCUGGAGGAGAUCGAGGCGGGCCUCAUGGAGGGAUGCUCGGGGCUGGACGGCGAUGGGCGUUGACUCCUCUCCAUGCGACGCCGUUUCCAUCCAGGUGUUGCAGGAUGUGGAACAUUUUGUCCCAGUUACACCUUGAACCUGCAGCCGCACACAUACCCACAGCAUCCGCUGGGCUUUGUCCUAAAAACCGCCGGCGAAACAAAGACUGCCUGCACUUGUAAUCAAUCACCAUGCCAGCUCGGCUCCUCGGCUCCGGCUGCGGAAUAAACGCGCGGCACGAGCAGAAUGUUUAUUUGUGCGGGCUUUUAUCAGGCAGCGAGUGACACUCAGCAGAACGCUGUAUCGAUCUGGCCCCUGGAGGCCACACACACACACGCACUCUUCUCCUCUGUAAUGUUCCUCGAGAGUGUAGCCUUUUUUUUUUUUUUAAGUGGGUAAAUUCACUCAACUUGCUUGUUUGGUUAUUAAAUGAUUUGUACGGCACAUUUGUGGCAUUGUUUCAUUGUUGUUUUAUAAGCUUGUUCGGUCAUCCAACUGUUUAUUAUUUUUUUUAUCAAUGCGUGUAAUAAAGCGUUUUGACCACCCUGA